UCCGGGCGCGUCUCGGGGCGCGAGUCCGGCCAGACGUUCCAGUUCUGCGACAACAAGCUCGUCGGCAUCCGGUCGUCCGAGAUGAAGAAGACGCCGGUCGUGUUUGACCCGACGUCGAAACCCGCGACGAGCUGGCGCGACUCGAAGCCGUCGACGCUCUUCGCCUCCUUCAACUCGAACCACACCGACUCGGAGAAGACACCGGUGCACAGCCGGGGCAGCGCCGACCUCGACUUUGUCAUGGAGGGCGACGCAGACGACGAGAACAAAAAGGUCCGGGUCACGGAGCUCCGCGAGCGCAUGCAGGUCAUGACGCAGGACGUGCUUCGGGGCUCUGGGCGGCUCCCGAGCCAGGCGUCGAUGGGCCAAGAGUCGGACGAUGGCCCCGAAGAUCUCGUGGCGCUCUACAAAGAGCUCAAGGCCAUGCGCAUGUAG